AAUGCAGAAAUUAGAUAAAAUUGAAACAGUUAACAACAGGAGACGUUCUAGUGAACAUCCAAUUAUAAGAAUUCAUCAUUUGGACUCGAUUCCUAUGGGAUUGAAAAGAAGUAUGACAGCAAUACAUCCUCAAAAAAAUAGUGGAAAAUACUCUUUAUCUACUUCUCAAUUUGAUAAAAAUUUUCGAAGAUCUUCUAGUUCACUUCAAACUCCCGAUAUCGUCUCGAGUCUUAAACAUGUCAGUAUUGAUGAUAGAACAUCUUCAAUGCCAAACUUGUUCGAAGAUCCGCAAUCACCAAGAAUACGAGGGUCUAUAGAAUUCGAAACUGUUUUAAGGGAGUUCCUUCCACCGAAAGAAGAGAAAAGCGCUUCGACAGAAUCUUCACCAAGAGUAAAGAAAAAGGUUUUAAAAAAAAGUUCACCUCCAUCAUUACUCUAUUCAAGAAACUUGAUGCAAGGAAACUUGUCACCAAGAGUAACAAGAAAAUAUCCAGGAAGCCUUCUUCAAUUACCGGCGAGCGAUUUGAAAGCGAGGCGAAACAGUUGGGGUCUCGGUGACAAAGUAACAAGACCAAAAACAACAAAGACAAUGCUAUCACCUCUUGCUGCUGAACCACUUCGAAGAAUUAGUAGUCCAGCAACUUUUUCAUCAAAUCAUAGACAUCAUUAA